GACAGACACGCCAUUUUGUGCAUUCGGAAGAGUUCUAUUUCAAAAAGGAAGAAACGAGGAUGGGGGGCACCAGCUCUAUCCAGAGACCUCCCUCCCCUACACCCACCUGUGUGUCAAUGAAGAGUGAUAAGUCCAUGGAUAAAGGGAUGACAUUUAAAGGAGGGGAUUCUUCUACUGGACAAGUAAGAUCUGCUCCUGAGGAGGGGGGUGCUGCUUCUAACGCCAGUCUAUUUGAGGAACAACACACCAGCCAUGGAGCUACCGGAUAUCAGCAGAUCCACAAAUCCCACCUGCAGAAGAAGUUUCAGUGUCUGAUUGAGGGAAUCCAAAAGCAGGAAGACACCAGACUCCUCCAUGAGAUCUACACAGACCUCUACAUCACAGAGGGGGGAAGAGGAGAGGUCAAUGAUGAACAUGAGGUCAAACAGAUAGAGAGGUCAUCCUGGAGAAAAGCAGCAGGAGAGACACCAAUCAAAUGCAGUGACAUCUUUAAACCCUUAUCUGGACAAGUCAAACCCAUCAGAACAGUGCUGACAAAGGGAGUGGCUGGCAUUGGGAAAACAGUCUUAGUGCAGAAGUUCAGUCUGGAUUGGGCUGAAGGAACAGCCAAUCAAAAAGUCCACCUUGUAUUUCCUCUUCUUUUCCGAGAGCUUAACCUGAUGAAGGAGAAGAAGCUCAGUCUGGUGGGUCUUAUUCAGCACUUUUUCCCAGAAAUCAAAGAUCCCAGAGUCUUCUCCAGUUCAGAGCACAGAGUCAUGUUCAUCUUUGACGGUCUGGAUGAGUGUCGACUUCCUCUAGAUUUCCGCUCCAACCCAACCUGUUGUGAUGUGACAAAGCCAGCCUCAGUGGACGUGCUGCUGACAAACCUCAUCAAGGGGAAUCUGCUUCCUUCUGCUCUCCUCUGGAUCACCACCCGACCAGCAGCAGCCAACCAGAUCCCUCCUCAGUAUGUGCACCAAGUGACAGAAAUAAGAGGAUUCAAUGACCCACAGAAAGAGGAGUACUUCAAGAAGAGAAUCAGUGAUGGGAACCUGGCCAGCAAAACCAUCACACACCUGAAGUCAUCCAGGAGCCUCUACAUCAUGUGCCACAUUCCAGUCUUCUGCUGGAUUUCAGCUACUGUUGUAGAGAAAACUUCAAAAGAAUCAGACAAAGUAGAAAUGCCAAGGACUCUGACUCAAAUGUACACACACUUCCUGGUCAUUCAGACUGACAUAAAAAAUGUCAAGUACACAGAGAGAAAAGAGACAGAUGAAGAGGUGAUUUUCAAACUGGGGAAACUGGCUUUCCAACAGCUGGAGAAGGGCAAUCUGAUCUUCUAUGAGGAAGACCUGAGAGAGUGUGGCAUUGAUGUCACAGAAGCAUCAGUGUACUCAGGAGUGUGUACUCAGAUCUUCAGAGAGGAGGCUGGGGAGGUGUUCAGCUUUGUGCAUCUGAGCAUCCAGGAGUUUCUUGCAGCUCUGUAUGUGUUCCUCUGCUUCAGCAACAGACAGAGAAACAUGCCUGACCAACAGCAGACCUCUCAGCUCUCUGCUCUGUUCACAGCUGCAACACUUUAUGACCUUCACAAGACUGCAGUGGAGCUGGCCUUACAGAGUAAGAAUGGACACCUGGACCUUUUCCUCCGCUUCCUUCUGGGCCUCUCACUGGAGUCCAAUCAGAAUCUCUUAAAGCACCUACUGCCACAGAACAGUAGCCAAUCAUAUAGCUCAGAGCAAACAGCCCAGCAUGUCAAACAGAAGAUCAGAGAUCAGAGGAGCUCAGACAGAAGGAUCAACCUGUUCUACUGUCUGAAUGAGCUGAAUCACCAUGCUGUAGUGGAGGAGAAAAGCAGCUCAGAUACUCUGCAUGUAUACAUGCUCUUACCAGGAGAGUGGAAGACUAAGAGAUUUGUGUUUAAGAUGUCAGAAGAGCAGCUGGCUGAGUUUGACCUGCAGAAGUACAUAAAGACACCAGAGAAAGAUCAGACUGAACUGCUCAGUCCAGAUGAAGUUCUUCAGAAGGUGCUGCCAGGAGUCACAUCAUCCACAUCUGCUGAGCUGGUUAGCUGUAAUCUGAGUGAUAAGAGCUGUUCCUAUCUGGCCUCUGCACUGAAGACAUCACACUCAUCAAAUCUCAGAGUGCUGCACCUGAGUGACAAUAAGCUGCUGGACUCAGGAGUGGAACUUUUAUGUUCUGCUCUUUGUCAUCACAACUGCAAACUGGAGAAACUAGAGCUGAAUAUAUGUAAUCUGAGCGAUAAGAGCUGUUCCUAUCUGGCCUCUGCACUGAAGACAUCACACUCAUCAAAUCUCAGAGUGCUGGACCUGAAUAACAAUCAGCUGCUGGACUCAGGAGUGGAACUUUUAUGUUCUGCUCUUUGUCAUCACAACUGCAAACUGGAGGUGCUAUGGCUGGUUAACUGUGAUCUGAGCGAUAAGAGCUGUUCCUAUCUGGCCUCUGCUCUUAAGUCUCCCUCCUCAAAUCUCACACAGCUGUACCUGGGUGGUAAUUCCCAGAUGAGUGCAUCAGCUGUAGAGCCGCUCUGUGCUCUAGUGAAGGACCCACACUGUAAACUGGAGUAUCUACAUACUAAUCAUGGAAUAGUGGAGUUCAAGUGAAGUGUUGAGCCACGGCCCUGAGCUGGAUGGGGUCUGUGGGACAGGAACUCAUGACAUGAGGAUGUGAUCCAACACACACACACACACACACACACACACACACACACACACACACACACACACACACACACACACACACACACACACACACACACACACACACACACACACACACACACACACACACACACACACCACACACACACAGCAGCAGAGAAUGUCUGGGGAGAAAUAUAUCAUGGAAGCAGCCUCUAACUUAGAAGAGCACAACACACACACACACACACCACACCACACCACACACACACCACACACACACACACACACACACACGCACACACACACACACACACACACACACACACACACACACACACACACACACACACACACACACACACACACACACACACUUUCUCUCUCUCUCUCUCUCUCUCUCUCUCUGUCUCUCUCUCUCUCUCUCUCUCUCUCUCUCUCUCUCUCUCUCUCUCUCACUCACUCACACAGACACACAAACACACACACACACACACACACUUGUCCAUAUAGUUGGUUGUCACUGUCAUCACUG